AUGCUUCGUAUGCUCGCGACACUCAUAGCACUGUCGGUCGGUGUUACGGCCCAAGUUCUUGACAACAAGUCGUCCGGCUUUUGUCUGGCAGUGCCAGCUUGUUCUGUCACCUGCACGGGGUCUUUCGAUCGUAUCGGCGUGCCCUACGCGAGCCCUUACAAGACGACCAGCGUCAUCGACAAUUCGAUGUUCAGGAUCCGUCUGAACAGGGUGACCGCUCGCGGCGUUCCGUACGCAUCCUGUACAAAAGAACCGGAUCAGCCGUGGACACCCGCUUGCCUCGGCGAGCCAGAACCGGAUGGAAGUGACCUUUGGAAAGUGAGACUUCAGGAAGACUUUGGUCAGGUGAUGAAGGCGGAGAGCGAUAACGGGAUCGUCGAAGAGAUGCUUCGCAACUGCUGCACGCUCGUUUGGUCGGUAAAGACAGAGUUCUACUUCAAUGCUCGCACUUUCGGUCACACGCCGCCCUUGUUCAGCUUGAUCUGCAGGGGUUCAUCUGAAAAGAUAUCCCUCUGGAAGUGCUCGGACAUGUUUCCUGUCUCGGACCCAGACCCCAUCUGCAGAGCGGUUGAGGGCACCUGUGCUCCCAUGCUUGGCACGAGGAAAAAGCAAUGCAAAUGGCCGGUGUCUGUGUCUCCUCAGAUACAGUAG